GUCACGACCCUUGUAUAAAUAUCAUCAUCCAUUUUCCCAAGCGCUUUCUCUUUUUCUUUUCACUCCAAAUCUGUUUCUCAAUAUACUCUCCUCUUCACCACCAGAUUCAUAUCACUCUUUGCGAAUUAUGAAGAAAAUCAAAUCAGGUUUUGAGGCUUUUUGUGAUGUGGGUCUUGGAAAAUGUGACAGAAAGAACUGAAAUUUGCAAUCUUUGGUAAAGGGUUUUUAGGGUUUGGUGAUUUUCUGUAGCUUGAUAUAUAGAAAUGAUGGAUGAUGGUAAUGAUAAUGAUGCUAGUGUGGAUGGUAUGGUAAUGGACUUGGAUUUGAAUCGAGAGCCCGAGAUUGUUAGUUCAGGAUUGGCGUUGGGGCCUUUUAUAAGUGAACUAGAGAAUACCCAAGAUCGAAUUGAAGACAGGAUGCGACAGCUUGAGGAGGUUUCGUCUAGGGCUAGGCAACGUCAGAGGUGGAGACAGACUCGAAACUUGAUUGCGGAGUCGAGUAGUUUUGUUGGGUAUGAGCCGAGAGGGGUGAUUGAGAGUGGAAUGCGUAAUGGGGAGGAGAGACUAGCUGGUUGUAAAAGGGAUAGUAGUCAUCUAGUGGCGAAUGCGUUGGAGAUGGAUUUGGAUACUGGAAAGGAUAGUGGUAAUAGUGGGGGACUUUUUGAUUGUAAUAUAUGCUUGGACAUGGCAAAGGAACCUGUAGUGACGUGUUGUGGUCACUUGUUCUGUUGGGCAUGUUAUUAUCAGUUCUCUGUUGACUCGAACUCGAGUGCUAAGGAGUGUCCUGUUUGUAGGGGAGAGGUCACAGAUGCAAGUAUUACCCCGAUAUAUGGAAAUGCCAGUAAUACCCAGUUGAUGGAGACUGAGACUGGCUUGAAGAUACCUCCUAGGCCACCAGCACAUCGUAUAGAGAGUGUGAGGCAACAGCGUGUCAACCAACGUAUUACCCAUAUUCCAGUUGCAGAAGCACUUCGACGUAUAAGGAUUAGCAUUGGGGCAACUACAGAGCAGCCAAGACAGGAAGGUGUUAACAAUGUGCCUGGAGAACAGCCCACACAGCCGAAUCUUCCCAAUGCAAAUGCUUCUGUGGGAACUAGUUCUCCAGUCUUGCGAAGAGCUGAAGUUGGGGGUACCUGGCGCCUGCGUUCCCGUCAGUUUUCCAGAGUAUUAUCAGAAAGUGCUGCUUCACUUUCUUCCGUUUCAUCUGCAUUGAGUAAUGCAGAAAGGUUAGUUGAAGACCUCGAGACUUACAUUCAUGGCCGCCUUCUGCGAAGAACUGAUUCACAGUUCCGUGCAGUUACUAGUGGGGAUAUAUUUAGCAGCAGUGAUGCUGCUGCUGUGCGAAGAGCGCUCAACACUGUAGAUUCUAGUAGUGAGGCAAAUUUAGUAGUUAACCUCCCCUCGAUUUCUGAAACAUAUAAUGCUUCUGUUGCUGUUUUAGAAAGUGGUGCCCCUGUUGAAGGAGAUGUAACAAUGUCCCGUCCUUCCUCUUCCAGAAGAAGAAAUGGUGCUUCUCGGACUUCAGAUGUUGAUAGUGGAGCCUCUCGAGAAUCACGGAGGAGAAGAUUGAGGUGAUUUAAUUUUUCAAACUCAAAGGAAAAUAUGCGUUUUCAUCUCUUCGUUUCUGGAAGUUUAAGUUUCUGUUGACUUACGCUUAACAUGCAUCUCAACACAUGUAUAAAUCAGAUAAUUGCAGGCAAUUAAUUUCGAAUUCAUUAAGUACUCCCUCGUUGCUACAAUAGAGACAUUUGGCUUCUGUAAUUUGUUUGUUCAUCCUGAUAUAAGCAUAGAUGUGCAUUUAUGUGUUUC